GACAGGUCAAGGUCAUUAGCGCCGACUGUACGUGUGUGCACAAGCUACAUGAGUGUGAGUGUUGACAUUGCCGUCUGCACCUACACACGCACGUAACAUAAGAUGGACGGAAGGAAGCUCUCACGCCAUUUCUCAAGAGCAGAAGAUCUAGAUUCUGAGGGAACUCUAAAGAUCCUCGUCUGUGGCGGUGGAAAUGGCGCCCACUGUAUGGCCGCCUUGGCCUCCUGUCGACCGCAUGUUGAAGUGCGAGUACUGACCUUGUACAAGGACGAGGCUGAGAGCUGGACGAAAGCCCUCGAAGAGGACGACAUGACGAUAUCCAUCACAUACAGCGAGAAUCACACGGAAGACGUUAAGUCCAGGCCUUCUCUAGUAACGAAAGACCCGGAAAAGGCAACUGAUGGUAUUCACAUGAUAUUUUUCACAGUUCCGGCGUUCGCGCAUGAGCAAUAUCUAAAUGCGAUUUCAAAGUACGUUCUUGACAACACGUUGCUGAUUGGCUUACCGGGCCAGGCUGGGUUCGAGUUUCAGGCAGUCAAGGCAUUGGGCACGAAGGCGAAGCAGUGCGCAGUCGCAUCUUUUGAGUCACUUCCGUGGGCAUGCCGAAUUAUGGAGUUUGGACGUCAUGUGCAGCUGCUCGGAUUUAAAGAGUCCUUAGGCGCGGCAAUCUUGAUCGGUAGCAAGAGCAACCUAACGGCGCAUUCUCUCGACAUCAUACAGUUCAUCUUCGGAGAGAACCCCGUCUUCAAGGUCAUCAAUAACUAUGUUGCCAUUAAUCUGAUGGCAAAGAGUAUCAUCCACCCGCCUCUGAUGUAUGGCCGGUGGAGGGGAUACAAAGGCGAGGUCCUCCAAGAGAAACCACUGUUUUACCAAGGUGUUGAUGAGGAACAAGCCGGUCUCCUGUCAAAGGUCAGCGACGAGGUUGUAAAUACGGCCAAGGUCAUUCAGGACAAGCGUAAGAACAUCGACAUGUCAGCGGUUAUCCACAUUCUGGACUGGUACCGGGAGUACUAUUGUCACGAAAUAUCCGACCACAGUUGCCUGAUGAAGGCUAUGCAAACAAAUAAAGCAUAUGACGGGUUGCUUCAUCCAAUGAAACCAGGAGGUGAUGACGGUAAGGGUUUCAUUCCAGACUUCCAUUACCGGUAUACCCGGGAGGACGUCCCUUUCGGACUGGUGGUGAUGAAGGGGAUAGCAGAGAUCGCCGGCGUGGAGACCCCCACUAUCGAUACCAUUAUAACAUGGGCACAGAAACAGCUCGGCAAGGAGUUCAUCGUCGGCAAUCGUCUCACUGGUAAGGAUAUGAACGAGACUCGUGCGCCGCAGGUAUACGGGUUCGAAACCCUCGACCACCUCUUCCAUGUAUAAUGCCGUUUCCUGUACUAUAUUGUCCCAGCGCUAGGUGGGGCGUGCUUCAUGCAAACAGUUCGUCGCAUUGCACAUUUGUGAACUAAAAUGUCCGUAUACGAGAAGUGGGUUAUAGGAAAGUUGGUGCAAAGUUUUGGAUGCACACGAUCUUAAAAGAGACCUGUAUUGCGGUUAAAUUACAACCUAUUGUUACUCAGGAUCGGAGUGCCUUUAUUACCCACGUCUUUAAACUUUAUAAGAUCUACCUCAGUUUGUGACACACAUUGCAUCAACAGAUUACAUGUACUUUAGAGGAAAACGAAUCAAGAGAUAUCUGGACAACGCUGAAGUAACUGGGUUUGUAAGUUCGAGACGGGAGCUGCAUUUACGAAGUUCGUCACAUUUCUGCGAAAUGCGGAAACGGACCGGACCAUUCCAGGCUGAUAUAAGAUGGCAAAGUAGUAAAUAUUGAUCAUUUUACGUCUGUGAUAACAAUGCCAUUGAUCAAUGGACAAUAUUUAGCAAUGUCUGCCAGGGCGCGCUUUCACUGUUGACACCUACCAGGUCCGUGGCUGUCAGUCACGUGUACACUGGAGCUUUGCUGAGGUUUGCUGUGAUGGUAGGUUAGGCAAUUUAUAUCACAAGAUAUCAAUAAUAUAUCUGUGUAACUUGUAUAGUGAUUUAUAUCAUUUUAGUUUGCAUACAUUUAAGCCGAAAAGUACAAAUGUACGUUUCAUGACUAUACAUAAAGCUCUAACAACGACAUUCAAUUGUCAUUUGUAGUUAACGUUGCAAAUCAGGCGUAUUCCAGGGAAUUAUUAUAGUUAUUGUAGUGUAGCUUCAUGUCUACGCGAUCAAAUAUUUACGAAAUAGAUACCGUUUGUUAUUUGGGUGAUUUGAACCUACCAGAUAUGUAGUUAAACAUAUAUUCUAAGGAGUUAGUAUCGACUGAAAACAUAUAAGCUGUUUUCAUUUCGUGCGUUUAUAAUGUGUAGAUAUAUAUUGUGAAGUAAUUUAAGAGGUGUAGCUAUACGUUAUAACAUUGUUCCAGUCGGUGACCGAUUUUAUUUCAGUACGCCACGUAAGCUUAAAGUCAUAUCUAUAUCAAAUUAAGCCAUUGGAAUUGAAUUCUUUAAAUAAUGGUGGCUAAUACCCCAAUUUUACUACACUUUAUAGUCACAAAUAAUUAAAUCGGGCAUUGCUAUUUUGUCGUUAUACCACAACGCAUUUAGAUUGUCUACUUGGCCUCUGGUUUGUGAGGCAGUGUUGGACAGAAGCAAUCAUACUAUUAUGUCGCUCAGGACAAAAGAUAAAAAUGUCAAAGUUUUGGUAUUUUUUUUAUAUAUGUUAAUUAAAAUUCCCCCGUUUUUACGA